GGACCCACGAACUGAGGAGUUACGCAUUUAUUCACUCGAAUUUAAGGAGACCUGACUGCAAAAUACUGGACUAAAACGAGCCUAAAGUGUGCUCCAGUGAGGACGACCAGGAACGAGGACCAGGGUUUUAUUACAGUCUCCUCUGCUUCAAAGGACAACAGACUGGGGAUUUGACAAGCAUCUGGACAACGAGGAGAGGAGGAUAGUGUCCAGGCAGGGAGUCGUGCCUGGUUGUGCCUGAUGAAUGCUGCCCGCUGAGGACGGGGGCUGAGGCACAGAGGGGACUGAGCAGAGCAUGGCAUCUACAGGCAUGCAGAUCUUUGGAUUUGUCCUGGCUCUCUUGGGCAUCUUUGGGGCCAUGGUGGCCACUGUGUUGCCCAACUGGAAGGUGAGCGCGGACGUGGGCUCCAACAUCAUCACGGCCAUCUCUCAGAUGCAGGGGCUGUGGAUGGACUGUACCUGGUACAGCACAGGAAUGUUCAGCUGUACUCUAAAGUACUCGGUACUGUCCUUACCUGCAUACCUGCAGACCGCCCGGACCACCAUGGUGCUGUGCUGUGUGUUAGCUGCCCUGGGCCUGUGUCUGGCUUCUAUAGGACUCAAGUGCACGCGUUGGGGAGGAGGCCGCCGGUCCAAGCGACAUGCUGCCAUAGCCAGCGGAGGGUGCUUUGUUGCUGCAGGAUUUUUGUGUCUAGUGCCCGCUUCCUGGUUUACCAACGAGGUCAUCACCAACUUCCUGGACUCUAGUGUGCCAGAGAGCAAUAAGUUUGAGCCUGGAGGAGCUGUGUACGUGGCUUUUGUUUCAGCAGGCUUUCUGUUCAUGGGGGGAUUUAUCUUCUGUAUGUCAUGCUCGGGGAAGAGGCACGGCCCUCAGGACAUGGUCCUUCUCCCUCCCCCAGACAAACUCCUGCUUCAGCAGCAGCAGCAGCAGCUGCUCCAGCAGGAGCUGCAGCAUCAGUACUGCUCGCUCUCGCCCUUAGACAAUAAGACGGGCUACAGCCUGCAGGACUAUGUGUAA